UUGGUUUGUGUUCCGGGCGGAAGCGGCGCGACAUUUAAACCUACACAGGGAGGAAGAUAAACGGGGAUCGGACGGGCGAGGAGCGGUCGCCACUGAUAGCACGGCAAUGUCUCUUCAGGAUAAAGAGAGGGGCUCCCCUGGCUGGAGCUGCUCCAGAACCGUACUUCCCGAUGAGGAGACAGAAAACCUGCUAAGGGAAUUUGCAGAGCUAAAGCGGAGAGAAAGGAAGAAUGAUCCAGAAGUGCAGCGGGUGAAGAACAGAUAUAGGCUGAAGUCUUCCAUUUAUCCAUCUCCUGCUAACAUUCUCCACACUGGACGGCAACUUCCUCGCACCCCAGGCCCCGGGGUUUUGCCCCUGUUGCCCUCUCAGAAAUUUGAGCCGAGGGCAGAUGGAAAUGACUCCUUAGAAGAUAUGUUUUUCUCAUCUAAAGGCAUAGACAACAUUGUGCCUUCUGGAAGACAGCUAGAACGCACCCCUGUGUCAACUAAACCUGUACCAAGUUAUGUACUGAAAGAAAUUCAGCAGCAUACAGAGGAAGGUGAACCCGUCACAAGCACACGGAUAGCAAAACCGACCGUGAACAACGCCAUGUGUGAUGCAUCUAAAUGUGACGAAACAAGCAAUAAAAUAGCUGGGAAGAGCGGUCUAGUACCUGGAGAUUCUGACACUGUGCAAGGCCUAGAGAACGUGUCCCCUGGAGCUGGGGAUGCCACACCUGAGGAGGUGAAUGUGUGCAGCAGACAGGCUCCUCACAGCCGCAGAAUAAGUCAGCUACCUGUUCAGGGAUUAAAUCGGAUGCGCAUUUCGGGUGUACUUAAAAAGAUGCCAGGAUACGAGUGUCGGAAUGAAGAUCUAGAGUUUCUGAAGCGCAUGGAGCAGCGGGAGAAAGUGAAAGCUUUGAAGGCAGAAUUACUGUGUUUAAGAAAGGAUCUCGCAGCAACAAACCAGGAUAAAGAAUUGAUCACCGCCAAGAGGGAUAAGAUUGAAGAUGAUAUUCAGAAAAUGAAGCGGUCCUUGGAAAGGACUGUACAGCUGGGAAGAGCGUUCCUGAGUAGGACACGGGAAACCAGUAAUGCGGGAGAUCUGAGUCUGGAGGAAGUGCUGAAGCAGUUGCACUCUACGGCCAUUCACAAGCUGCAUCAGGAGGAGAGAGUUCAGCUUGUGGCAGCUCAGAAAGAACUCGCCAGGAGACAACGUGACGCUGCCAGUAAACCUCCUCUAGAAGAUAAAACCAGUUUACUGGCUUCUAUGGUGGAAUCCUAUGAGCAACGCAUCAAAGAGGCGCAGAGUAGAAUCCAGCAGCUGAAUGAAGAAGUAGUCGCGUUUAAAACUCAGAUUGAAGAAGUUGAGAAAGAUAAAUCAAAUCUAGAGGCCAGUGUACAGCAGAGACGGCAGCAAAUAGCCCAUUGCCUUAAUCGCUCAGAAGAAAAUCAGGUUAUGAGCGAGUCAGAAAAGGAGAAAAUGAACCGUAGCCUGCAGAGGAUUCUCCAUAGAAAAGAUAUUUAUCUAGAACGAGAACGAAUCCUUCGGAAACUGAAGAGAGAGCUGAAAUGAGCUCUAGCAUGGCGGACUUUUAACAAUGUGGUUUUACAGUGUGUUGCUGCCACUUUCAGAGGACUGUAGCGCAGUAUAUUGUGUUAGAUGACUGUAUUGAUCCGUAUGGGGAAAGAGCUCCUGUGCAUGGCUUUAUACAGCCAAUCUUGAAAUGUCCAGUUCUAUUGUGGCUCCUGUUUUUAUACCGUUCACAUCACUACUGCAGGUUGCACAAGUUAUUUUAUGUUUAGAGGUUUUCAGCACUGUGCUGGGGGGUUUUAGUGCAGGUGACUCCCUUUUUACACUACGGUUAUGGAAAUCUGUAAGGGAGGUCAGGGCUGUUGUAAAAUGACAUGUUUGCAGGGAAUGCUGGUACUUGUAGUUUCAACAGCUAGAAAGGUAAUGUGGAUGAUUUUUAUCAUGACGUUUUAUUUUUAUUUUGUAUGUCCUAAAAUGAGCUACCUUAAGUUCAUCUGCCCAUUGCCAUUUAUUAUAUUGUAUAGAUCAUUUAGUAAUGGUAUAUGACCGUGGGAAAGAUUAUCUGUAAACAAAUGGCCUGUGAUUGUAAUACUUGCUUAGGAGGUCUGUAUCUACAUAUUGGGUGGAAUUCAAAUGUUUGAAAAGUCGGUUGGGUGUCUGUUUCUCCUGUCUAUUAAACUCCCAACUGACUUUUCAAACAUUUGAAUCUCCCCCAAAGUGUCAACCGAUUUGUAGCAGAAGCCAGUCUGUGAUUGGCUUGCAGUCUACCUUCUGGAUUGCAGACUUAAGCUGGUUACACACCGGAAUGAUGUUCGCCCAAUUUGCUGUUUCAUAACAACAAAUCGCCAACAUCGCUCAGUGUAUGGGUGGUUGCACGCUCCCGCAGUCGCUAGCAAUGGUCACCAGGUUUGAUGUGCUGUGCAUCCAAUCAAGCGAUAUCGCUAGCAACCUUGUUUGCGAUUGUUCUGUCCUUCGUAAAAAUUGUCCUAAUGUAUACACAAAAUCUGGGCUCAAGAGCACUUGUUCCGAUGUCGGAAUGAAUGCCCGUUGCUCCAGUCUGUACCCAGCUUCUCAUAUUGAGAUGGCCUCUCGCAGCAAACACCUUUAUGCAACAUAAGGAAACCCAAGGUGAGGGAUUUUUAAAUGCUCCAAUUGGUACAAUGAACAAUCAAGUACUUUGUUUUAGAAGACAGACUGGGGGGGAGGGAAUGUUUAAAACUAUACUUUAUUAUGCGGUUUUAUUAUGGUUUCCAAACAAACUGCAUUAUUAAUUCAUCUUUCCUAACGAAAACAACCGGAUUGGAAGCUGAACUGCAUGCAGCAAGCCUAAUGGUAGCGCAUAUGUCUCUGGGCCGGGACCAGUUUAUGUGAUGACGCCUGUACAUACGUGCUGUUGGUUUUAUGUUUAAAGUUGUACAUAAUAUUUGUUUCUCAAUGUGUAUUUGUAGCUACUGUGUGACCUUGUUUUAGAAACUGACUGGUAUUUUUCUAUAGGUAGAUGGAAAAUAUAUGUAACCUGACCAAUCUCACUACUAAACCCCCCCCCCCCCCCCCCCAUCUUCAGUAGUAAAGGAUGAUCCAAGUGUUUGCAACCUGUUGCUUAAUACAGUGCAGUGUUUUCAUGAUUCCCGGGUCACAGGCGUUGCACUCUACUGCUCUGAAGAAGAUGCCGCUUGAUGUGCGUUUUUUACUAUGAAUUGUACAAUACAUUUCACUGUGUUGUUUUUAGCGAUUAUUGAAAAAAUAUCAUUAAACAUAAUACAUGGACUGAAUAAAGUCAGUGCUCGGCUUUCAA